AUGUUCAAGUUAUCCUUUGUAUUGUUGGUGGCAGCUGUGAUGAUGGCCUCCACCUCCAUCACAGAGGCACAGAGCUGUUCAUUCAACUGCACGGACAACCGCGCAUACUGUGGAUCCGAGCUGCUGCACGUCUGCCCAGACAUCAACCCAACCGACUUGUGGCAGUGUGUCACUCGCAACCAGAACCCACUGCGCAGACUCGGCUGUCAAAACGGCUGCCAGGUCAACAGCGCCCCAGCUUCAGACACUUGCAUCCCCGACGACAAGUCCUGCACAUGCCCCGACACCUCGGACCACUGCGGCUCCGUGCUCGCCAAGCAGAGCGGCAAGAACUGCCAGUCGCUCGACCCCAACGCCCUGUACCAGUGCGAGGGUGCCGGUCUGUACCCAUCGUGGCGCUGGACAUGCCCAACCGGCUGCAUCCAGAACGGCCCAAAGGUGAACGACACCUGUGACAAGGGACCAUCCAACGUGGUCGGCCUCACCAAGAUCAAGCACAUCGUCAUCUUCAUGCAGGAGAACCGUGCCUUUGAUAACUACUACGGCACUUUGCCCGGAGUGUGUAACUUCAAGGACCCCAACGCCAUCAUCCAGGACAACGGCCUGCCCAUCUUCUACCAGCCAGACUCCAACUCGCCAGACCACAAGAGCAACAUCACCUACGCUCUGCCCUUCCCAAUUACCGGACCAAAGGCCGGCUGCACUUCUGGAGGCUCCAACGCUUGGUCGCCCAACCACGCCGCCUGGAACAACGGACUGAACAACAACUGGCCCGCCGGCAACACCGCCGCCUCCUUGGGCUACUUGACUCAGGCCAACGUGCCAUUCUACUUUGAGCUGGCCGACCAGUUCACCAUCGCCGACAAGUACUACGAGUCGAUCAUGUCGUCGACCAACCCCAACCGUCUGGUGCUCUGGACCGGUACGAUCGACGCCCGUGGCUCCACCCCACGUGGCCCAUCCAUCGACAACACCGAGACCCCACCAUUCACCUGGAUCACCGUCCCCGAGCUGCUCGAGGAUGCUGGCAUCUCGUGGCGCGUAUACCAAGACGAGGACAACUUUGACGACAACGCCCUCGCCUGGUUCGAGCAGUACCAGAAGGCACCAAAGAACUCGCCACUCAACGUCAACGGUGUCAGCUACUUUGGUCUGACUACCUUCUUUGACCAAGCCAUGAACGGCACUUUGCCCCAGGUCUCCUGGGUCGUCGGCCCAACCGAGCUGUCCGAGCAUCCAGACAACGGACCAAUGGCCGGCCAGUGGCUCACGCAGCAGGUCGUCAACGCCGUCAAGAAUGGAUCCGCCUGGGACAGCACCGUCCUCCUGAUCGAUUACGACGAGAGUGGUGGAUUCUGGGACCACAUCGUCCCACCCAUCGCCCCAUACGGAACAUUGGACGAGUGGAUCAACUCUGAGGGUCCACAGCCAAUCGGACCAGGCCAGCGUGUGCCAGCCUUUGUCGUGUCGCCCUGGAGCACUGGUGGCGUCGUCUUCACCGAGCCAUCCGAUCACACCUCCGUCAUCCAGUUUGUCGAGCAGUGGGCCAUCGCCAACGGCUACGACGCCGGCAAGGUCCAAUCGCCACUCAUCUCCACCUACCGCCGUAACUUCAUGUCCGACUUCACCCGCGCUCUCGACUUCUCCAACGCCAACCUUAGCGUUCCAGACACUGCCCCAAUGCCCAUGCCAUCAAAGGACAAGCACGGCAACUGGAACCCAACUGAGGAGUGUGAGGACUUGCCAGGUCCAUACCCAUCAAUUCCAUACGGCAACCAGGUGUUCCCAGAGGUCGAGGCUGGUUACUUGGCUGUUCGUGGCAACAACCCAGGCUUGGGCCGCACUUACGUGUUCCAGUCGGGCAACUUGGCCAUUCAGCAAUCGGGCACCUCAAUCAACAUGGGCACCGUGUCGCCAACCAAGACCAACGCCAUCCAACAGUUCAUCAUGGGUGAGACCGCUGGCGUUCUGGGCAACCAGAUCAUUGCCAACAACGGACUCUGUCUGAACGGUGCCGGCCACUUGGCCACCUGCAGCGCCUCCUCCGACAACUGGUUCGUCCUAGACCAGGGUAACGGCGAGGGCUACGUCUUCUACAACAUCCCAUCCGGCCAAUACCUCAAGUACUCUGGCUCCUCCUUCUCGCUCUCUGCUUCGAUCAGCACCACCUUCACCCUCUACUCUGUUUAA